CACUCCACCACUCCACCACGCCACGCAUUCAGGCCGUAUGACUAAGGCGUGUGACGUGUACAAGGCCACGUCGCCGGUGGACUACCAUGCUAUGCUGACACACAUUCCCACAGCAGGCAUUGUGUUCGGACUGACGCUGUCGAUUCUGGGAAUGCUCUCGGUAGUGCCGCAGCACAUCAAGCUGCUGAAGCGAAAGACAAGCGAGGGUAUGUCAUCACACUGGCUCACGCUCUCCAACACCCAGAUGUUCUCCUCGGUCUGUAACAUCACGCUCCUCAAGUUCCCCAUCCUCAAGGGCUGCUCGGUCAUCGGCUUUGGCGCUUGCUACCCAUCGCUCAUUGCCCUCGCCCAGCGCGGCAUCUGGCUCGUCAUCUUCCCCAUCAUCUUUGAGUUCCUCCUCUACUUUCCGCCGCGCAUCGACGCUUGGACCCGGCGCUCGUUUGUGGUCGCCAUCCUCGAGGUUGUCCUCCUCCUCUGCUACAUGGUCGCCGUCGUCACCUCGGCCGCCGUCCUCGUCAACCACUUUGGCCCGUGCCACGACUCGGUCCUCUACUUUGCAAACAUCCUCGGCCUGGUGGCCACUGUGGCCAACAUCAUCCAAUGGAUGCCUCAAAUCUACACCACCUUUUCCGCAAAGCGCGUCGGCUCCAUGUCCAUCGUCAUGGUUGCCGUCGGCGCUCCGGGCAACUUUCUCGUUCUCUUCUUCCUCGCGUUUGUCUCCAAGGAGUCGGUCACAACAUGGCUGCCCAACCUCUCCGCCGCCCUCCAGCAGUCCAUCCUCCUCGCCCUCCUCCUCACCUACCGCCGCCGCGAGAAGCUCAUCGCACAAGCCUCGCCCUACGUCGAGAUCUCAGAGGACACCCCUCUCGUCGGCCCGUCAAAGCCCUCGGUCGCAACGUAA